CCACCAUCCUUGCCCAUCCGAGAAAGAGCGAGACGACACAAUCCCAGCGUCAGUCUCCCGGAUCUGCCUCCUCCUCCGUCGACGCAGCCGAAAGAGAGCGCCGGCACCGUGGCCGCACCUCCCCCCCGCCGCCAGUGAUGGAGAGCCUGCUGGAUAACCCCAUGAAAGCCGUGCUGUACCUCAAGGAGCUCACCACCAUCGUGCAGAAUCAGCAGAGCCUCAUCCAGACGCAGCGGCAGCGCAUCGACGAGCUGGAGCGCAAGGUGGAGGACCUGAUCGGCGAGAACCGACAACUGCGGGACCCCCAUCAGUACGUGCAGCAUCAGCACCGUCACCACCACCACCCGACGCCCCAACCUCAGCCGCAGCCGCCGGCCUCCCAGCCGCACGCCCACCCGCAUCAGCACCACCCCCCGGCUGCGAGCGGCCAGCAUCAGCAUCACCAUCAGCAGCAGCGUUCCUCCUCCCCUCCUCCUGCGGCUCCUCCCGCCGCGACCCCCGCGCCGGCGCCGCACCAUCACCACCACCACCACCACCACCCGCAGCAUCUGCAGCUGGUGCCCGCCGCCUCGCAACCGAGCCCGCAAGCCGGACAGGCCAGCCCGGAGACGGCCGAGGAGGGGAAGAGGAGCCCCUGCUGCAAGUCGCUGAUCCCGCAGACCCCCACCACCACGCUGUGCCGCUCUGUGGGACUGGCCAGGAAGGCGGACAACCAAACGGUGCUCCAUCAGUUCUGCUGCCCGGCCCCGGAGGCUCCCGAGGGCGAGACCUCGUCCGCCUGUGUCCCCAGCGAUGACCUUUCUCCAGACCCGUCAUUGGGGGAGGAUGGGAAGGGAGGAGAGGGGGAGCUGCAGAGUGAGGCCCCGUCACAACCGCAGCCCCAACAAGAGGCGCCGCCAGCACCCGAGCGCGACCCGAGCCAGGCGCAGACGCAGCCCCCGCCUGAAACCGAACCCGGACCUGUGCCCCAGACGGAAGCCGAACCCGAGCCCGAAGCUCAAUUUGAUUCCCCGGCCGAGGAGGAGGCGCGGGAAACCGUGGAGCAAAAAGGGACGGAUGAGGAGGAAGCGAAGGGAAAGCAGGAUGUCGAGGAUGCCCAGGAAGAGGCCGAAGUAGAAGAAGAAGAAGCGCAGGAGAAGGAAGAGAAGGAGGAGGAGGAGGAAGGUGAAGGAGCAAAAGGGAGCAGCACGGCGAGGAGAGCCAGCCUCCACCACACGGCGUCGCCCCUGAGGGUGCAACGCAACGGGGCCGGCUCGCACUCGGCCACCUCCGACUAUGAGCUCUCGCUUGACCUCAAAAACAAGCAGAUCGAAAUGCUAGAGCACAAAUACGGAGGCCACCUCAUUUCCCGCCGCGCCGCCUGUAAGAUCCAGACCGCCUUCCGCCAGUACCAGCUCAGCAAGAACUUUGAGAAGAUCCGCAACUCCCUGCUAGAGAGCCGCCUGCCACGCCGCAUUUCCCUGCGCAAGGUGCGCGUGCAGAACACCGAGGGUUUCUCGGCUGAACGGGCCCUGGCAGAAGGCUGCAACUUGGCGGGCAUCCCUCUGGUGCGGUCGCCGUCGUUGCCCGCCACGGUGGGCGGCAGCCUGACCGACCUGGAGGACUCCUUCACCGAGCAAGUCCAGUCCCUGGCAAAGUCCAUCGACGACGCGCUCAGCAACUGGAGUCUGAAGACCAUGUGCUCGCUACAAGAAGGCGGCACUUAUCAGUUCAGUGCGGCAGCGGGCGGAGGAGACGGGUGCGUCGUCGGAGAGUCGUCCAAUCAUCAAGUCCCGUUGGACCCCAGCGACCUGUCCAAAAGCGCCAGCAAGCUCAUGAUGGCCUUCCGGGACGUGACGGUCCAGAUCGACAGCCAGAACUUCCGCGUUUCGUCUUCCGUCAUGGAGUCUGUCACCCUGGGCAACUGCGCCCAGCAAGAGGAAGCCGCAGCCAUCGCAACGAACUCCACUCCUCAGUCUAUCCCGCCUGAAGAACCACCAGCUCCCCCGUCCGCUGAGCCUAUUGAUCCCCCUCCACCCCCUCAAGAGCACCCGACUCCCCCAGAAAUCGACUUAUAUGAUCAGGAUGUGGAGUUCCCCGCUCCCCCUCCCAGUGAGGAAGAGCUCAGCGGGGAGGACCUACCACCCUCAACCCCCUUGGACAAAAUGGCUUCCCAGCAGGAGGCGACGGUGAUGGCGCCGCCUCCCCCUGAGCCCCCUAAACCUCCGCCACCUGUGUCCGAGCCGCUCGAUCGUAGCGGCUCCGAGACGGCCGACAACAGCUCGGAGCAGAUGAGCAGCAGCAGCGCGUCCACGGAGGUCCGCUCCACUUCGGAGGCCUCCUCCAAAGAGGCUCUGCAGGCCAUGAUCCUUAGCCUGCCGCGCUACCAGUGCGAGAAUCCCGCCAGCUGCAAGUCUCCUACGCUGUCCACCGACGUCAUGCGGAAACGCCUCUACCGCAUUGGCCUCAACCUCUUCAAUGUGAAUCCCGACAAGGGCCUUCAGUUCCUGAUCUCGCGUGGCUUCAUCCCGGACACGCCCAUCGGCGUGGCCCACUUCCUGCUCCAGAGGAAGGGUCUGAGUCGGCAGAUGAUCGGCGAGUUCCUGGGCAACAGCAAGAAGCCCUUCAACAGGGACGUCCUCGACUGCGUGGUGGACGAGAUGGAUUUCUCCGGCAUGGAGCUGGACGACGCGCUGAGGAAAUUCCAGGCCCACAUUCGUGUCCAGGGAGAAGCCCAGAAGGUGGAGCGUCUCAUCGAGGCUUUCAGCCAGCGCUACUGUAUGUGCAACCCCGACGUGGUGCAGCAGUUCCACAACCCCGACACCAUCUUCAUCCUGGCUUUCGCCAUCAUUCUGCUCAACACCGACAUGUACAGUCCCAACAUCAAGCCCGACCGCAAGAUGCUGCUGGAGGACUUCAUACGCAACCUCAGAGGCGUGGACGACGGGGCGGACAUCCCCCGUGACAUGGUGGUGGGCAUCUACGAGAGAAUACAGAUGAGAGAACUGCGCUCCAACGAGGACCACGUCACCUACGUCUCCAAGGUGGAGCAAUCCAUCGUUGGCAUGAAAACGGUGCUGUCGGUGCCUCACAGACGACUGGUGUGCUGCAGCCGUCUCUUCGAGGUGACGGACGUCAACAAGGCCCAGAAGCAGGCGGCGCACCAGCGCGAAGUGUUCCUCUUCAACGAUCUCAUUGUGAUAUUAAAGCUUUGUCCAAAGAAGAAGAGUUCGGCGGCCUACACGUUCUGCAAAGCCCUGGGCCUUCUCGGCAUGCAGUUCCACUUAUUUGACAAUGAAUACUACCCUCACGGCAUCACCAUCCUGUCGCCGUUCGGCUCCGACAAGAAGCAGGUGCUCAACUUCUGCGCACAAAGCGCCGAGGAGCUUCUCAAAUUUGUGGAGGACCUGAAGGAGUCCAUUGCCGAGGUCUCGGAGAUGGAGCAGAUCCGCAUCGAGUGGGAGCUGGAGAAGCAGCAGGGGUCCAAGACGCAGCCGAUCAACAACGGCACGCAACUGGAGCUGCGGGGAAAACACGGUGACUCGGCAGGAAACCAGGAGGCGGAGGACAGAAGUGGACAAAAUGCCGUGGAGGUGUCAAUUCACAACAGGCUUCAGACGUACCAGCUCAGCAGCAGUCCCGAGAACGCGGGUCUUCUUAACCACGGGGGGGAGCUGCUCUUCCACCCGGGGCUCGCCGCCUCGCCCCAACACCUGAGCACCCCGGCCCAGCGGCCACGCCCCCAACCCGCCGCCAGCGUGGCCGACCUGCGGCCCGAGGCGCUCAUCCAGUGUCAGCAGAUCGUCAAGGUCAUCAUGCUGGACAACGGCGGCCACGCCCGCAUGGAGGCAUUCCUCAGCCACGCGCCCCCCGACCCCCGCCCGCACUCGCUCCCCCACUUCCACCCGCACCACUACUACCAGCACUACCAGCUGAGCCAGUCGGCCACGUCCACGCCGCUGCGCUCGCCCGACGCCUCGCAAUGCGGCGGCGGCGGCAGCGACGGCCACCAACCCCCUCUCCCGCCGCCGCCGCCGCCGUACAACCACCCGCACCAAUACAUCCCCCCCGACCCCCGCCUCAGUCUACAUCGGACCCCUAGCGGCUCUCGGAGCAUGGUGUAAAUAGAUUUCAUGUCAUUCACCCCACUCACGCCAUUUAACAGUACAAAUGUACAUACAGAUGAAAGAUAUCAUCGGAAGAAUACCGAAAAUACUUCUAUAAUUAUAUUUAGCAAAAUAUGCUUAGAUUUGAAAAAGAAAAACCAAGCAACGUCAUGUGUAGAUGACAUGUGACUUGAUUUUCAAAACACCUUUUUAACUGGAGCUCAAAUUGUGGAUGGACAAAGAGCGGAAAUAUCCUCACCUGCGACUGUUGUGCCAAAAAAAAAAAAAGUGACAUUUGCAAAGCCAAACAUUUAUUCAUGAUGGAUGGAUGGACACGGCUGCCACGCUGGCUGCUACUUUGGGGUUUUUUUUUUCGCUUCUCCAGGAAAUGGACUGCUUAUAUUCACCAGACUUUCAAAAGUGAGACGCACUGUGGCCGCCAAGUUUCUCUUGUAGGGGGACGAUGACACUUCUUCGCUUUUUCAGGCAAUCUCGAAUUUCCCCGUUUAUUUUCUUUUUUCUAAGCCUUUGUGCGUGUUUUGCCACUCACUUUCCGCGUGUUUUGUCUUCUCAUAUCUCCUGCUUAUCUUUGUAGCCUGACAUUUAUCCCCAAAAAGCAAGAAAAACAAAAUGGAUCAUCAACAGCCCCUCACGCUAGAGCUAGAAAAUGCUGAUGAUAAUAAGCAGGGUGUUAUCUGAUCUCUUUUCCUCGAGCGCCGAUUGUAAAUAUCACAUCCUAAAGAUGUCGGAAAGGACAAGCAGCCUUUUAAUAAUCACAUGACCCUCACUCUGAAACGGGUCAUUCGAUGCCCCGCUCCUCAUCUUUUAUGCAUUAAAACAAAAAUGCCCCAAGUGAGCUUGAGCUCCCAGACCCGACCAGUCAGCUGUCAGCCACCAGGCAGAUUUUUUUUUUUUUUUUUUUUAACUCUGGGCGCCUGUUUUAUUCACCGGUAACAUCACAUUGACUUAAAAGUGGGGGAAAAAAGAGAAUGAGAAAAAAAAAAAGAAAUGAGCAAAUCCUGCUUAAUGCAUCGGCACAAUAUCAGCGUUAUUGCAGCUCUUUGUGCUAUUUCGAGAGAUUUUCGCAUCGCAUCAACACGCCAAGGUACCAUAAAAUAGCAAGAAUGAGCACUUUGGUUGAUUUAUUUUCAUUGGUUUGAAAAACAUAACGUUAAAAAGCGUUUGUUCCUCUUUCAUUUGUUUUGCAUGUUGGCCCCAUGUGCAUGAUUGAAACAAGUGUGUGAGUGGUAAUGUCAGGUUCUUUUUUUCUCCCCCCGCCGCCCCUCCUUAACUGUCUCGUUUCCUUGGGAGAUGCUUUAUGUCCGUGUGUGCGUGUACGGGACGUUACCAUGGCAACCAAUGUAGCAUUUAAGGAGUCCCGCGAGUGGCUGACUUUCACCUACGACAGGACACCGACCAAAGGGCUCUCCCAUAUAUACAAGUGCACUGCUUCAUGAAUGACGUAAUGACACCAUGUUAGGGAAUUUACAUUUAAUUAAUUUAAAAAAAAAAAGUUAACGAUAAGGGAGUGUGAGAGAAAUGAGCCAUCACUUCCCGCGGGUGAAUUCUUCUCUUGAACUGUCUUUGCAGUAUAUCAACAUGCUAUUAAACAUCAUUCAAGUC